CACAAAUGAAAUAACACAGUGAAGGAAAGUAAUUAAAAUAAAGAAGAAUAGACAGAGAAGAGAAAGAAAGGAAGAGACAGAAAGAAAAGAGAAACAGACAAGCGAGGAAGAGAGACAGAGAGAAAAUAAUACACAGAAAAGAAGAAAAACAAAAAUACGAAAGAUUAAAAAAGGCGAAUAUUGAGAAUCUGAAAAGAGACGAACAGACAGUGAAUAGAGAAAAUGAGAGAGAGAGAAACAAGAGUGUGAAAUGACGGAACAAGAAGAAAAAGAACAAAAAUAACUAAAUAAAACCGAGAUAAGGAAGGGAACAGGACCCAAAGAAGAAAGCGAGGAUGACAUUAACGAGAAUAAUGAAGAUGAUGAAGUACAGUCAAGACAAUAAUUACUUCGCCUUUAUUUUCCUCUUCAUCCCAUAAAAAAAACCUUCCGUCUGUGAGUGUUGACAAGAAGUGACUGCGGUGACUCAUAACUCUUAGGGCGGUGAACGAUGACUUAACAAACCAAAAAAAGAAAAAGAAGAAGGAAAAGAGUAACAAUAGAAAAAGAAAGCAAAAAAUAUACAUUCAAUAGUUUUUUUUUUUUUUUUUGCGUCCAGCGGUUCAUCGGUUUUUCUUUUUUUCUUUCAUCUUCGCUUCCUCUUCACGUGUGGAGAGAGGUGGUCGUGAUGGUGCGGUACGACGCGGAGGAGGAGCCGACCUACAGCUUCCGCCUGGUGUGUCGCGAGGACGAGGACGACGACGAGGGCGGCGGACGCGGUGGCCUGAGUGACGGCGCCUCGACCGUGUCCUCGAGGCACAAGCAGCGCAUUGACUCGCUCUUCAGAGACCGCCGCCCCCGCCCCGCCCCCAAGAGUCCCGCCCCGCUGCGCCCUCCCUCGCCGCCCACCCACCCGGUGCGGGCUGAGCUGGAGCAGAUGUUCGGCGGACGGGACCAGCGUCACCGCGCCUUCCUGGACGUGCGCGCCGCCGUGCAGGCACACAUAGAGAGGCUCUUUGCCGACGCCUCCGGCGAGCCGCCGCUGCUGCCGCGCACCGCCAAGGCUGCACCUCAGCCAGUGCUGUCCGCCGCCCCCUCCAAGACCCCCACUGCCCUCCAGUCCGCCAUGACCCAUACACCCAUCAUGCCCGACCCCCCGCCACCUUUCCACACACCCUCCCCACCGCCACACACUCCCUCCCCGCCCCCUGACACACCUUCCCAGCCCCGCGACACACCCUCCCCUCCAUUGCCUGAGCUCCACUACGCCGUGGACUACCUGGGCGCCGCCGUGGUUGACGGACGCGCCAGCAGCCUGGGUGCACUGCAGGAGCCUCUGCGGGACUUGUACUACGAGUACCGCGUGGCCGUGGCUCGGGGAGAGGUGCAGCCCGGGGCGGGGCGUCUGGCCAUCACGGGGCAGGGUCUGGCCGUGACGCUGCAAGACGGGCGCCGCGUUCUGCACAACCCUUUCCCGACCAUCGCCGUGUGGGCAGCCGUCAAGCUCGUGACGCGCCGCGCGCCGCCGCACGGCGCCGUGCCGCACCGCUACGCCUUCCUGCCGCUCAUCAGUGACCCCGAGGCCCAGGACAAGGGUGACCUCUUCCACGCCUUGCACGUCCCCAAGCCCGCGCUGCUCACCGCCCACGCCCACCAUCCCCCCAUGCUGGCCUGCGUCAUGCGCCGCGCAGGAGUGCCGCGGCUUCUCGAGUGCCACGCCUUUGUGUGCCGCUCCGCCGAAGACGCCAUUGUCAUCGCCGCCAACCUGUACCAGGCGCUGCUGCGGGGCAUGGGCGGCACGCCUUCAGGUCCACCUUCAUCUCCGCCCUCAGACCCGCCGUCAGACACGUACAGCGACGCGCCGCACGACGACCCGCGGGCAGUUUUCAGCGACAGCGAGGCGGUGCCGGUGCGGCCACCACGCAGGAGGCGGCCGUCGCGGCGCGGCGCUCCUUCGCCAGCCCUGCGCCGUGCUUCCAGCGAGGACAUGCUGGGCGGCGGCCGCCACCCUCGGGGCAGCGAGCGGCGGUUGCGGCGGUCAGUGAGCGAGCGGGAGGGCCUGAGCAUUUGUGGCGUGGUGGGUGGCGGGGACGUGUACACGCGUGUGGCGCUGCCUCGCUCCCGCUCCUUCAUGAGUGUGAGCGACAAGUACAGCCUGACGGACCUGGUGGCGGAGGUGCCGCGCGGCAAGGCGGCGGCGGCGGCGGAUGAGGUUCUGAGGCAGGUGGUGAGUCCGCGAGGCAUGUCUUUCAGCGAGAUGGACCCGGGCCAGCGGGAGGCACUGCUGCGCGUGGCCCUCACGCUGUCCCGAGACGAAAUGUAUCAGCGCUCCAAGAACAUCCUGCGGCAGCAGACGCGCGCCGGCGGCAGCGGCUCUGAGGGCGAGUGGUCGUCCUCCACGCUGAGCUCAGUGCUGCGCGCCACCAAACGCUCCUUCUCGCGCCUGGGCUCGCGCGCCUCCACCCUACAGUCAGCCUACCUCAGAGACAAUAAGUCGCCGCUGCGCCGACUCGUCGUCCCCUCCAAGGCCCGUCACGUGCCGCCGCGCACCAACAGCCGCAACGGUGCCCCCAAGACGCCCAUGCCGCGGCGGGGGGCGCGGCGAUCCCCCACCGACCAGUCCUGCAGCGAAUGUGGCUACGACAGCGAGUGUUCCAGCAAGUGUUACUGCUCCCUGCCCCGCCGCGGCCCGUCCUCCAGCAGCAGAGCCAAGGCCAACGGCAGCGGCAGCAGCAGCAGAGCCAACAGCAGCGUCAACAGUAGCGGUGGCUUCGGUAAUGACAGCAGGGUGAGCGGUAACGGCAGCAGCAGUAGAGGCGGCGACGAAGGAGGCGGCGAGGGCAGCGGAACACAGCUGCCGUGUGACUGUGAUACCGAGAGCUGCGCCGAGAGCGAAAAGUGUUACUGUUCCCUGCGACGCGUGCGGCAGGACGGCCUGCGGCUGUACGCCAUCGACCUGGACUCCGAGACUGACGCGGCGAGCGGCGCAGCGCCCCCCCGCAGCCACGAGGCACUGUCCAGCCCCAGCGAGGCGGGGAGGGACUCCCGCGCCGCCUCCUGGAGGAGGGCGGGCGGCGGCGGGUCCUCCCAGGGCACCGCCACCACCACCAUCGCCACCACGCGCCGCCGAUCGCCCUCCUCGGGCCGCUCCACGGACUCAGAGGCGCCGCGCCGCGCACCGCCGCCGCCUCUGCUCCUGUCUCCGCGGAUGCGGCGGCGGCACGCCUCGGGCUCGGUGGGGUCCGGGGGGUCGCGGGGAUCGUCCGAUGGAUCGUCUGAGGGGUCGUCAGGGGAGUCGUCGCGACGGUCGUCGGGGGGCUCGGCGAGCAAGAUCCUGUUGGUGUCGGCGGUGGACCCGAGCGGCCGCGUGGUGUACCGCGGCGCCUCGCAGCGGCGGCAGCACCCGCGGGACGCCGACACGGCCUCAAUACUGUCCAUGAAGAAGACAGCGGAGAUCGCGGCGCUCUUCAGCGAGCUCAAGUUGAGCCAGACCACAGACCUGCUGAGGAACAACGACCACGACGACGACCACGACGACGACCAUGACGACGACAGCACCGACGACUACUCCACCAUGGCCGCUAAUAACUCUUUCCUCUUCUCAGACAACAUCGAGACGUCCCUUGGCUACCUCCCGUAGACCCCUCCCCUCCCCCCCCCCCUCAUACACAUCCCCGCUCCUUCUCUCCCAUCCUCUCCACACACACACCUCCACGCCUCCCCCCCCUCCCCCGCCCCCCGCCCCCCAGCUCUUGUUUUCCCAGGUAAUUUGUGCAACACCUGGUAAGCGUGGCCCAAGUUUGUCUCCUCCUCCUUCUCCUCCUCCUCCUCCUCCUCCUCUUCUCCUGGGAACACAGUGAGUCAUCGUCGUCACCACCUUUCAAAGCUUCACACUUUAGUGGCUUCACUUCAAAGUUGUUGUUUUUUUCAAAUAUUUCGUAAGUUUUCUGUCCACUAAUGCAGAAACGUGUGUGAG